UCCAACACACCACUAACUUCAAAACAAGUCAGCUGUUACGUGAAUAAAAUUGAAAAAAAAAAAAACGUAUGAGUAUUGGGAUACCUAAGGUACACGCUAAUUCAUAGGAUAUGCGUUUAUUUUCUUUAAGUACUCGCGUCGCGAAUUUACGUAGGCGUAUCAAUGAUAAGUUAACAUUACCUGAUCGAUUUAAAGGCACUGUAGUUGAAAAAUGGGCACAAUAUUGGCGCGGCCUCGCUAGUGACUAUACUGACGUAGUUGUCGAUGUUGUAAAGGGUGCACGCGCAAAACCACGAAAAGCACUCUUUAUAGCUGGAACGUCUUACGGAUUGUAUAAAUGCGCCCAGCAUAAUCCUGAUGAAGAAGCCUUUAUGCAUUCUUUACGUGGCUGGAGUAAUCAAAUGUCCAUGGUGUCAAAUUCGUUGCACAAUCCCGUUUCAGAGGAGUAUCUUCGAGAUCUCGAAAUAGCUAUCAACGAAAAAAAAUUACGUACGCUUUCACUAGGCAUAUGUACAAUAUUAUGGAAGGACUUGUAUGAUAUAGAAGACUGCACCUAUCCAGCAAUUUGUAAAUACACACAGGUCGAUUAUACAAAUUUUUGGAAUCAAAUAGUGGACGUUGGUUUUUGGGAUCACUAUUGGCGACUUGAGUGGAAAAUGCGCAAUUUUGAUGUUAACUAUUUAUAGAUAUAUCUAGGGUUUAAGUAAUAGUGUUUCCUAUUAAUUAAACAAAAA